AUGAAGGUGAGCUACGAUCAACUUCACACCAUCCUGGUGGAAAUUGAAGCAAUCGUGAACUCACGACCUCUCACAUAUGUUUCCGGAGACGCACAAGCGUAUGAAGUGCUAUCUCCACAAAGACUUUUGACUGGAAGACAGCCUGGCGCCACGACGGAGGCUUCCGAGCUGACCACAAUGAGCCGCAACGAGCUGAUCGACUUAGAUAAGCAACGUAGCGAACACGCUCUAACUUGGUGGAGGCUAUGGCAAGAAUCUUACUUGUCCGACUUAAAAAGAUUCCAUUGUCGCAAGGGAAAGGGUACUAGAAUCCCCCGCGUUGGCGAAAUCGUCCUGCUAAAGGAGCCGAAUAUCAAGCGUGUUUCGUGGCCUACGGCCAUUAUAACGGAAUUGAUUCCCGGCUAUGACGGCAAGAUACGAGCUGUAAAGUUACGUCUUCGUUCAGAAAAGGAAAAAGCACGAGGUCUCCAGACCAUUUAUCCAUUGGAAAUUCAACAUGACGUGGAUCUGCCCGUCAAUUUUUCCGUAGACGGAUCUAGAGAAGCCGAGGCUGGCCAAGAAGAAGGAGGUGCAUCCGCGCCUAAGAAGAAACCCCCCCGCAAGAAGAAAAAGGAAUCGCCGAGGAGGACUCGCGAUUCCGGUAGAGUAGACGCCAUUAUAAGUUGUGUCAGAAUCUGA